AUGAGUGGCUACUACGCGCCUCCAACGCAGCCUGGAUACGCAAAUCUUCAUCAGACGGCGUAUGGACAGCCAAUGCAGUACGCAUCGCCGCCCAACACGGUCGAUCCAAACACGUUGCAAGCGCAAAACCCACAACAGUCGGUUUACGGGUGGAAUCAGACAACAAAUUAUCAAGCAUAUCUCCAGCAGCAGCCACCCGCCUCUCCCGUUGGACCGCCAAAUGGAUACUAUGGGAUGCAGAAUGCAAUGUCAUUGUCGACGAAUCCAGCUGCCACAGCCAAUAACCGACCAUUGCCUCUCCCGAGUCCAGGCGCACCAGCUCCCGGUCCAGCCAGCCCAGUGUACGCGUCUCCACCACAGUUUAAUCCACCAGUAAACAACCAGCAGACUGGAUACUUUCCGAAUCCCUCGCCAGCGUACCCUUAUCACCAGCAACAACCCGUUUCUCAACCUCCAGUCACCGUUCCUCCGAGCCAACCACACCAGACCGCAGAUGAGGCGAAGCGUGCGCUAUAUGAACGCGCGAGAAUGAGUGCAAUGAACACGGCACGUCGGUCUGCGACGCUUCCCACAUCGGAAUUAACGUCGGCUGAAGAAGCGAAGCGACUUCUAUAUGAAAAGGCUCAAAGGAUGACAUCACACGCGCAACAAAGAGGUGUUGGACAUCCUAUGUGGGCGGCGUCUCAAGUACAACCACAACAACAGGCUUAUGCGGCCCAUCCAAUGGGAGCAGCAAAUGUGCCACAAGGUGGAUCAUUUGAUAAUUCGACUUGGUCGCAAAGUGUGAUGCAGGGUUAUCCACCUCAGCAAGGUGUAUCUACGAUGCAGCCUACGCACCACGCACAUGCUCUCCCUCCGGCUCAGAGGUCCUACCAUCAACAGGGUCAGUACUCGGCUCAGUACGUUCCAACCGGUCACGUUGCGAGUCUGAUCAAUGGGAUUCAAAAUCAAAGCCAGAGUCCCUAUGGAUCGUAUACGCAAGCGGCGAUGCCCUCUGUAAGCCCGACGGAAGACGUUCCGCCUCCACCGCCACCAAAGAGUACUUCGCCUACCACGCGAAGCGGGACCUCUCCGUCUGGUAGCGGAAUAACAAAACGCGCACUUCCUGCCUCACCGUCGCUUCCACCUGCAAUUCCAUCACAAACCCAAGGAAGACAGCCUUCACCCUUUCAGCACCAGAGUACGCAAUCCCUGCCUACACUCUCAACAUUCGCGGUGCAAAAUGUAGGGAGCUCAGGAACGCCGAGUCCUGCUACACCAAUCGGAAGUGCGAAUGGGAGCACGAGUCCAACCAAACGCUCUCUACCUGCGGCACCGGGAGCUGGCGGUAUCACUAUUGCACCUGGUACAUCCUUUUCGCCGCCUCCGGUGAACAGAGGAUCAACAUUGCCGUCUUUGAUGCAAAGCUCUUCAUUCCAGCUACCAGCUUCGCCUACGGCGAGUCACCCACCUUCCUCGUCUCCUAAUCAAACCACACCGACUUCAAACUCCUUCCCUGCGAAUGUCAACGUCAACUCGAGCUCAUCAUCGCAAUUACCCAGCACAAAUGCAACGGAUAAUCGCGCAUCUACACCCUCUCAGGAGGUUCCUACUUCUGCUCCAUCGUCUUAUGCGUCCGCACGCUCGACCUUUUCAUUUGCGGGACCGACGAAUCCGCCGUACUCAGCGCCGUCAAGUAGCCCACCGCCUACAGGAGCUCCGAGGAGUACAAUCUCAGAAGGCGGAGCGAUGGCGAGGAACGAUACUGGCGGGAGUGCGAGUGGUAGUGAGGAUAAGCGACCUCUGUGGAAGCGGAUGGCCGCUGCUGCUGGUGGAGCAGGUCCGAUUGGAUCCAGACCGAAGAGUGUAUUUGGGCAGCAUCGGGUCAGUGCGAGUUUCAGCGGAGAGCCGUCAAAUAGUGCGCCUGCAGAGAAAGCGGAAAAGGUUGAUGUAAAAAAGGGAGAGGAUGGGGAGGGGAAGACUACCACUACUGAAGAGAAGCAGACGAAUGGCGGUCGAGUGGAAGCGUCGAGUCAGGGUCCGGCAUCAACACCUCCGUCAACUGUAAGGUCACCACCUCCAACAGCACCCUCUGCAGCACCCCUCUCGUCACUCCCAUCGACGAGUCCCUCAUCGAUGCAACCAUCCUCAAGCACUGUUCCAGUGAUGCCGCCGUCAAGUGCACCUAGCGCGACUACUGCGCCCAGAAGACCACCUCUCCCAGUGAAUCCGUCCGGAUCCAAUAUCCCUCUCAAUCUCCAUGGAGCUUCCGCUUCCCAGAUCCCCCAAAUAUCCCAGGUGGCGAAAGCGAGACCUGUUCCUACGCCUCCGACGACGGGUGUAGUGCCAGGCCAUCCCGUGGUUCCAUCUCAGCCAUCUCCCUCUGCGCAUAGUGUAUCCACGGCUUCUAUCUCUGCGCCACCACCUUCUGUACCAGCAACUCAACAGCCGCAACAGAUUCGGUAUAUUCAAACGCAACCAAAAGGACCUGACGCCAAGCCAGCGCCUGCCCCGACUCCCGCGUCUAAUCAGGCCAGGACACCAGCGUCGACCUCGAAUCAUUCCAGAACACAGAGCGUACCCGCGACUGCUCCAACUCCACCAUCGCGGCCACAAACGACACCUCUUCCGGUCUCUAUUCCCGAGAGAAACGAGGCUUCGAGUUCCCAGAGCAAGACUCCAAUCGAUGCGAAUCCACCAAAGCCACGCGUACUCCAAAAGAAGCGACCAGAGGAAAAGACCAAACAGCAGCCACACUCGAGCUUUACGACACCGCGAUAUCAAGUUCCGUUGAAGCCUGCUGCAGACGAGAUGCCGACUAGACCUGCCGCAACUACGAGUGCUAGCCCUGCGCCCCCGAAAAGACCAGCGAGUGCAGGUAGCGCCCGUACAACAGCCAGUGCUGGUGGUAGCGGCGAAUCACCACAAAUCUCAAUGGCACUGCGCUUUGCGAGUCAGGACUUGGUCAAGCAGGUCAAGAAGGAUAAAGACUGGGCCAAAUGGGCGCUCGUAACUGGUCAUCAAGUGGCAACAAACCCCGUGCCAAUCGAUGGCAUCGAGAGAACGGAGAGUGGAAGGAAGAAAAGGAGGAGCAUGUCUACGGGCGCGGUGGAACGGGUUGAUUUGGACGAUGAACCACCCAGGCCGAAGAGCGUGGUCAUUGGAGGGGAUCGAAAAGCAGCGGUCGAGCAAGCUCCCCCUGCAAUAUAUACAGGCCAUGAACGGGAUCGCUCACAAGACGUCCCACUUCCGCAGCAGCCUAUCAAGAGUGUUCACGCUUCAUCCGCCAUGGACGGCGCUGUCCUCGUCAACACGCCAAACGGUAUGCGGAGAGGCGGAGCACGACCUAUGCCUUCUUCUCGACCGACAUCCUGGCAUAAUUCUCGCGUAAGAUCAGGAUCACUUGACGAUGGUGUGAAUACCGUCAAGGAUUUCCCUCAGUAUCGACCGUCGUAUACGGAUUCCGACUCGGAUGACACCAACGAUGGACAUGGUGGGAGCGCAAAUAGGACGAUCACAAUGUCUGGGCCGGCACCGCAGAUUAGUGUCACUCAUCAUGAUGCUGGAUCCGUUCCAAACGCCCGAGCAAGGUCGGGGUCGAGUCCCGUGCCGACACCUCCUGCUGUGGUGGUCCCCUCCAUCAACAUUGAUGGCGCCGACGAUGAUGAUGGUCCACCAGCGAUCACAAUCACCAUCGACGAGCCAAGCUCGCAGUCUACGCCCGCUCCCAAUGUGCCCGUGUUCUCCUUUAGCGGUCCGGACGACGAACCAAGUACUUCUUCCGCGCCCGUACAAUCUCCUGAGGGCAAAGAAAAGAAGAAGAAGAAAUUGCACAAGCGCGAGAAGAGUGUCAAGGAGGAAGAGGACGAGAGAGAGCGCCUAAGGCAGUUGGCAAGGACUCGACCGCUGCCGCCGAAGAUUAAGAAGAAUUCUAUUCGAUGCGGAAAAUGCGAUAAGAAUAUCAUGGGAAGAAUUGUGAGCGCCAUGAAUGCGCGGUGGCAUCCCGAGUGCUUUAGAUGUACUGUGUGCGAGACGUUCCUCGAGCACGUUAGUAGCUACGAGCACGAUGAUAGGCCGUACUGCCAUCUGGACUAUCACGAGCUUUUCGCUCCUCGGUGCUACCAUUGCAAAACUCCCAUCAUGGAAGAGCACUUUAUCACACUCGACGACGAGGCGCUCGGCAAACGCACCUAUCAUGAACAACACUUUUUCUGCGCAGAGUGUGGAGAUCCGUUCCUUGCACCGAAGCAACAGCGAAGGACAAAGAUGCUCGAGAACGGAACGAUUCAAAUCUUGGAUCAGGAAGAUGACGUUGGAUUCACGGUGUACAAGGGUCACGCUUAUUGUGAGGCUUGCCACGUCCGACUUCGUAUGCCGAAAUGCAAGCGCUGCAAGAAGAGUAUCCGCCCUGGUGACCAAGCCAUUGAGGCGAUGGGUGGAAAAUGGUGUUGGAGCUGUUUCACUUGCGAGCGCUGUCGCAAACCCUUUGAAGAUCCGCAGUUUUAUGAACACGAGAAAAAACCAUAUUGCCAUCAAUGCUAUGGAAUCAUUCUUGUCAACCAAUUCGACUAA